ACUCCUCCCACCAGCAGCCCCCUACCCCCCCCCCCCCACACGACGUGUGUGUGUAUAUAUACACUCUAGACCGCACGUGCUGUCACCUGCGCAUCGCCAUCUGCAGAGGACGCUGUCGGCACAGGCCCAGCCACGCUUAGGAGAAGCCGCAGCGAGGGCGCACUGAAAGUUGUCGCGAUGGGGCUGGCGAGCAGUGGCAGCGGCGAGCGAGCGGGGAGCGAGCGCAGCGUGGCGCAUCACCUGCAUGAGUGGUACAGGAAGUUCCUGCGCGAGUGCCCAAGCGGAAUGAUCACGCAGCACGAAUUCAGGCGCCACGUGUGCGCCGCGGGGGCGCUGGGUCCCGGCUCGGCCGAAUACGCGGAGCGCCUCUUCAGCACCAUGGACACCAAUGCGGACGGCGCCGUGGAUUUCCUGGAGUUCGUGACGGCGCUCAGCCUCCUGCUCGAGGGCUCGCCCCAGCAGAGGCUCCACUGGUCCUUCCAGCUGUGCGAUCGGGACAGCGAUGGAGCCAUCACCAGAGCCGAGAUGUUGGAGAUCAUGAACGCCGUGUGCCGGAUCAACGUGGCCCUGGGUGGCGGAGACGGCUCCCUGGGCCCUGUGGAAUGCACGGAGCGCAUCUUUGCCGGCCUCGACAAAGAUCACGACGCGCUCAUCACCCUGGAGGAGUUCACGGAGGGCGCCCUGGCGGAUGCGUGGCUCCUCAGCACCCUGCAGUGCGACCCAGCUCGCAUGCGCAUCCAGCCCAAAUCCUUCUGAGUCGAAGUGGAGGGGAGGUGGCACUCCCCGUCUCCUCCCCUCUCCCCCGCGUUCUCCCGCUCCUCCACCCGAGCCGGGUGUUAGGGAUAGAGUGGAGGGGUUUAGGGGCAUUGUCAGUGGGGGUCUAUUGGGCCCUCUGCUCCGGCAGAGGGCCCACUUGGUCGGUGGAUUAUCCACUCCUCACAGCAGCGCGUGGAGGAGUUCUAUCGAGGUGCAAAGAGUUGAAUCCGACGUCCGUUCUACAGCCACGUAAACACAUUAAUUCGAGUAUUGGAUUAGUGUGCCAGGGCAGGGUCCUCCUGCCGAGGGGCCUGAGACACGCUGUGUGCUUGCUUUGCUUGAAUCAUUUAGAACGUUAACGUUAUUCACGAUAAUUCUAAGGGCACGUUGGUGAAUAGUUGAAAGGUUUGUUAUCGUGUGUGGCUUUGAUGAACGGAUUUUUAGUUUGUUAUAUAUUCAUCGUAUUACGGUUAACAACUGGUUCGUAAGAAAUUUAAAUCCUAAAUAAUAAAUUGGCUAAACACCCCACCAGAAUCAAUCAGUGAGAAUAAUCCGGAUUAAAACAAAUGGAUAUGAAUCAACCAUGCGUUUAAUUACAUUUGUUUUAAAUCUCAAGGGCAUCUGGUGGCAACAUCGAUAGACAAUGAUGGGCAGGAGGUUUCGUUUGACACGGCCACGUGCUCAGGGCGCGCCCUUUAAUACGACCUGGCCCUUGUUGUCGAUGCCACGUCGCUUAGAGGCUGCUCUUUCCUGUGCUUGUAUAUUCCCCGAAGUUUUUCAAUGAAUAUUCACAGGACAGAUCUCUCUGAAAGACCACCCCUGCUACAUAUCUCACGGAUAGAUCUCGAGCCUCUGUUCAGCAAGGAGUGAGCCAAUUUAUAAAACAUAAACUUGCCGUGCUCGGUAAUUUAUUUUUAUUUUUUUCAAAACUUGUUAACGGCACACAGCCGCAUACUCUUGUGACUUAUAUCACAGAGUCACAGCUAGAGUGAGCCGUGUGUCAAGUGUUCACUGCAGGAAAUCGUGUGACCUGGAGUUCCUGCCCCUGAUAUGGCCCAAUCGGUAGCAUGUUGACUACUUGGUGCAGAAUUUCGCAGCUCGAACCAAGCAGGCCGCUCUCCGUAGUGCUAACGUAAAAAGAAACCGCCACUUUUUCAAAUUUUCUUGCUGUGGUUUUCACACCUGAUGAUGAUUGCUUGUUUUGCAGUCGCAACGUCGUGAGGAUUUUAUUGUUUUAUAUUUUUAUUAUUUUAUUGUUUCCCUUCUACGUGACUUUACCGAAAGAACCAAGAAUAUAAUGUGGAUGUAUUACCAUAAAUUGUGCACCGUCUGCUUCAAAGUAGAUAUUAAAUAUCCAAUGACGUUCUUGGAGAGAGAGAGAGAGAAGGCCAUCGUGUACCAACUCGCAUCGUCCAAUUGUAUGCGAAGUUGGAAAAAUAUGACCCGAAUGUGACCGAAUUGUAAUAACGAGAUAGCAACACCUCUUCCCAUCGGCCAACGGUAUCCAUUUGCAGGCCGGUGUUGCAUACACCUUGUGCCGCAUAGGAAUGGUUGCCACUGGUGGUCCCAUAGGCUUGUCUUAUACAUGGAAAGGAACGGUUUAGCCGAGAUGUUAUGUCAGGUGCGUUCAGAUGCCGAGGCAUUUACGCACCCGACAAAUGCAAAUCCUAAGUCUGUUUCUCGAGUUGGCUUCACAGCCCUACUCCUCCCCCACCUCCACCACCCCCCCAUGCCUGACAUUUAAACGUUCGUUAUUUAAUUUCUAAACACGCGGGGAUCUCAGCUCAGAGCUGCCACGUCACCCUCCUCCUCCUCCUUCCGCAUAAUUCCCCCGCCGCUGCCCCCGGCGAUGCGUAAUUGGCGGAUGUUUUUGAAAGGGAAAUGAUGGCGACGUCUUCCUUCAUUACUUCUCUCGACGCGUGGGGGUGUGGUGGCGGUAGCGGUGGCGGUCGCGGUGGCGGUGGCGAAAUUCAUCACGGCUCGCUCACCUCGGCGAGGUGGAUCUCACAGAGUUUGGCAAACGUGAACGAUGACCAGCACGGAUCAUCAUCACGAACAUCUUACACAAUCACAAUCUUCAAUAUAAUAUUGUAUCAUCACCAUCGUAAUCGUAAUCGACACACAUUAUUUUUCAUCAUCAAAUAUCAGCAGUUAAAAAUCAUCAUCAUCUUCAUCUUAAAUCUUUCCACAUCAAAAAGCAUUUUGGGCAGUGACGCAGUGGCCAGCAGUUUCGCCACUGGUUGCAAAGGUUCGCUGUUCGGAACCCAGCGGCAGCCCUGGUUAUUACUGCGGUGGUGCUCGGUAUGAACUGAUGAUAAUACGCAACGUCUCUUUCACAGUUUACGUUGAAGAUUCCGUGACAAGUUGGCCAUUACGUGCCGGCGUCCAUGGUUCAAAUUUCCCAAAUUAUUAAAAUGACGCUGCAAAUUGCUCAAUUGGAAUAACGAAUUUACGGCAAUCAUCGCCGCCUCCUGCAAAACAAAAUUGACAGAACCCUCCUGAAAGAGAGGCAUGAGACUCGGUGAGGCUUACAUGGGAAAACAAGAGGAAUAACAAUUAUCGUCCAUCAUCAAAAACCAUCACCCAAGGCACCAUAAAACAUCAUCCAUUAUCACAAAUAAUUAUCAUCAUCAAGAACCCGAACUAUAUAAAAUAUUUUUUUUUGUAUCAACUGACAAGGCACAGGUUUUAUUUCCCAAGUGGGAAAGGAUUUAGGUGCACGCUAAGAACGUUACAAAUAAUGACGCGAACGUGAGACUCAAUCCCGUGUGGAUCACGGACACGUGGCAUUAAGGAGGGUUAGGAGUUCCCCCCCCACCCCCCACCCAACCUGAAUUAUUGGUGAAGUGCAGCUGCCAGCACGUCACGGGUCACUCGCCAGGGCCUCCAGCAGCCGCGCGGUCUUCAUCCGCCAGUCCAGGGUGGGUGGGGGAUGCGAACAGGUGAGAGGUGAGCGGAGCUCUGCUGUGUUCACUAUCCACCCCUUACCCCCUGCGCCCCCCUCAGCUACAGCAAUAUUCGUCAAACAUCAAUGCCGCAAUACGUGGUGGGAGUGGUGGCGAGGUGGUUUGUGCGCUGCGCUGUGUGAACCCCUGUAUAAGAUUUUUUUUAUUUAAUUUGGGCACGCUUAUUUUUGUCAUGAUUUAUAUUUGCUUCAUUGCUGUUGUUUACUUUUAUUUGUUUUUGCUCUUGUCAUGUUGGUGGCCCAGGAUCACUCUUGCAAUUGGCAUUCACCCUGGUCUCUUGGGUUCUCACCACGGCUCACAUCUGUGGCGAGUCAUAUCUGGGCCGGUCCUGGUUCCGUUUUUCACCAACCCGCAUUCACCAGCAUGGUGAAGUGUGGUCAAACAUAUCCCCAUGAACAACAUGGUAUGGUGGAGACCUUCAUCAGUGCAACGACAAAUGCCUGUAAAUAUCAAUCGUUUAAACAUAAAUUUGAAACAGUAAUUACAGGCAGUGUCCACUGCUGUACUAACAGGUUCAAUGUAUUUUCCUGUAAUGACAAAUGCCUGUAAAUAUUCACCCAUACCGUAAUUUUUCAAUCUACUGCUCGAUGAAGUAGAAUGACAAAUAAUACAAUUAUUUAGAUGUAUAAGUUGCCCUUAAACAAUGGACAGGAGAGCACCAUGCAAGCAAAGAGAAGAAAAUUACUGAGAAGAAACUGGGGGGGGGGGGGGGGGGGAAGGAGUCUACUGAGACACAACAGAGACUUAGGGAGGAGGCAAUUUAUAAACAGUUGGUGGGGCCUUCAGCUGCCAUUUAAAUGUCUCUAUCGACUCCGUUUUGCUCACCUCGUGUUAGUGAACGUGUGUUAGCUAUGCACGCCAAUAAACCACCAUUCCUUGUG